GUUGGUAAAUUGGCUCUUUCGGCUCCCGUUACUCUCCCCGGUUUUUCAAUUGCCCGUAGUAGCCAUGGCGGCCAUGAGUUUAUUGCAGCGGGCCUCGGUCACUGCAGUGGCAGCUCUUUCUGGCCGCCGGCUUGGCGCUCGACUUGGAUUCGGGGGCUUCCUCACCCGUGGCUUUCCGAAGACUGUUGCUCCUGUGCGAUGCAGCGGAGAUCAUGGGAAAAGGCUGUUUAUCAUCAAACCUUCUGGAUUCUAUGACAGGCGUUUUUUGAGUUUACUGAAAUUCUACAUUUUGUUGACUGGGAUUCCAGUAGCAAUUGGCAUAACUCUGGUGAAUGUAUUUAUUGGCGAAGCUGAAUUAGCAGAAAUUCCAGAAGGCUAUAUCCCAGAACACUGGGAGUACUUCAAGCAUCCUAUCUCAAGAUGGAUUGCCCGAACUUUCUUUGAUAGUCCUGAAAAGAAUUAUGAAAAAACAAUGGCUAUCCUUCAAAUUGAAGCUGAAAAGGCUGAUUUACGGUUAAAGGAGUUAGAAGUCCGAAGGUUAAUGCGUGCCAGAGGCGAUGGUCCCUGGUAUCAGUAUCCGACCAUUGACAAGGCACUGAUUGAUCGUUCUCCAAAAGCAACUCCCGACAACUAAUCCUUUGUUUCUCUAAAUACAAAGUAUAUUCUCUUUAGGGGAAAAUUAAUUAAUAUAAUCUGUACUUUUGUUCACAUGAUGAAUAAAAAAUCUUCCAUUGCUUUUUUUUCUCAGCAUUGGUUCAGAUUAGGAGUUUGUGUUGGAUUUCAUUUUUUUUUUCAGUUUUAUUGAGCUAUAAUUGACAAAACGCUAAGGUUUUUGAAGUGUACAUUAUGAUGAUUUGGUAUACAUUGUGAAAGGCAGAUUAAGAUUUGAUUUGUGGGUUUUGGUUUCCUCCUUUAAGACUUAUCAUAUAAUUAAAAAGAAACUUGGACAAAUAGAAAUUUACAAGCUCCUAAAGGUGUAACUUUAAAAGUUUAAUGUUUUAUUUGUCUGAUAAUUAGAAAUGAGAGAAGUCUAAUUAUGUUAAGUAUCAAGAAAUAUAGUAGUUUACAUACAUAUCUGUAUUGUAGAUAUCUAGAUUAUUCAGGGGCAAUUUAGAAUUUUAAAUUACAUAAAUAUUGGGUUAACUAUAACGUAAUGACACCUUAAUAAAUAACUUUCCAGUGAACAAA